AUGCAUAGUAAGCAUAAUUUGAUUUUUAGAUUGAGCUUGUGUGUUUGUCAUCAUCAAAAUAUUAUGUAUUUACAUUACUUGUACAUGAUGUCAUGA